GCCGCGCAGGAGCCCGAAAACAAAGACUGCGCACGCGCGGCUGCAGGGCCCGGGCAUUUUGCUGCGUCACCAGCCGCCGCCCGGCCUCACCACCCCUCGCUCGCACGCACGCACGUUCAUUCUCCGUCCUCGCGCCCCUUUUCCUACACUUUCCUCUUCUCCUCGGUCGAGGAGCCGCUCUCUCUGCGCGGUGCAUUCUGGGGAUCUAGGUCGAGCCCGCUGCCGCCGUCGCCUAAGAGGAGCGACUAGAGGCCGCGAUCGGGAAGAAAACGCAGGAGUCGCCAUCGGAGAGGAGCCGACUCCCCAGCAGCCGCCGCUAGAGAGGCCCGCCCACCCGUUCGCCCGUCCCCCUGCCCCGUUCACAAUGCAGCCUGCUUCUGCAAAGUGGUACGAUCGAAGGGACUAUGUCUUCAUUGAAUUUUGUGUUGAAGACAGUAAAGAUGUUAAUGUAAAUUUUGAAAAAUCCAAACUUACUUUCAGUUGUCUUGGAGGAAGUGAUAAUUUUAAACAUUUAAAUGAAAUUGAUCUUUUUCACUGUAUUGAUCCAAAUGAUUCCAAGCAUAAAAGAACGGACAGAUCAAUUUUAUGUUGUUUACGAAAAGGAGAGUCUGGCCAAUCAUGGCCCAGGUUAACAAAAGAAAGGGCAAAGCUUAAUUGGCUUAGUGUGGACUUCAAUAAUUGGAAAGACUGGGAAGAUGAUUCAGAUGAAGACAUGUCUAAUUUUGAUCGUUUCUCUGAGAUGAUGAACAACAUGGGUGGUGAUGAGGAUGUAGAUUUACCAGAAGUAGAUGGAGCAGAUGAUGAUUCACAAGACAGUGAUGAUGAAAAAAUGCCAGAUCUGGAGUAAGGAAUAUUGUCGUCGCCUGGAUUUUGAGAAAGAAAAUUACUUCUCCACAAGAUUUCAUAAUUGAGAGAAUUCCUGAGUUGAUAGCUCUAAAGGCAGAUGCUGUAUUUGCCUCCUUUAACCCAUUUUUCAACCUGUUUGUUUUUUUUUUUUUUUUUUUUUUCCUUCCCUUUUUUUAAAAGGCUUCACUAAGGGUUGAUAAUGUACCAUUGUAUGGGGCAAAUUUAAGUCAGCUAAGGCACUCUUCUUAUGCAUGAACAUUUCCCAGACUUCCACGAAGCUGUUGAGGUUCUAGGCAAUUGAUAACAGCAGUUGUGAUAAGUAAAAGCAUUUCACCUAAGUCUGUUUUACUUCAUAACAUAAUUACUGACAUGAUAGGAAGCUCUCAGCUUAGGGAAAGAUAACUAAAUUUUAGGUUUUAGGAUAUGGACUCAAAAAAAGUGGCUGAAAUAAUUUGGCUGGCAUCUUAAACUGAUAACCUUCCUUUCCUCUGGUGUACCCUACAGGAUUAUUCCACUAAAGUUUAUUUUUCAAAAAAUUUACUGCAUAUUGUAUGUAAGUGAUUACUUGUCAGUGUUCCAGAUGUAUCUUAGCUAAAACUAGUGAAUGCCCAUAACUUAGAUGGUUUUUGAAGCCUAUACAUUUGGUAUUGUUUGGCCCUUAAGCUUUUACAUCUCUUAGCAUGGAGGACGAAGAAAGCUGUACAUUGUUGCUUGAGAGUUUGUACAUUUAGACCAGAUUUGUAUUUGCACUGUCAGUAUGGCAAAUGGGUGAAAAAAUGUUAAUACACUAUUGGAUUUUUUUUUUUAUUUCCUUUUUUUUUUUUUUUUUUUUUUUUUUUUUUCCGAUUCAGCUUAUAUCUGGCUGAAAAACCUCAAUUUAUGUUCAUGACAGUGGGGAUUUUUUUAAAUGUCUACAUUCUUUCUAAUAAACUGUUGGAAGACUUCUUGGCUGUCCGUUUAAGUGUCUGGUUUACUGUAACUUCAUGUAUUUACCAUUUACUGGAAUUGAGUUUUUAUUUCUGAGGAAGAAUUUGGGGCUGUUUCUCUGUUUGGAAAAAAAAAAUGAGGCUUGCUGUAAUGUCACAGGAAACGUUUUUAAAGUGAAUCUGUAAUAGAAAAUUGUAGAUGAACUUUGCAGCGGCUGGAAAAGAAAGUGUUGUGAUUUGAUUGAAAUAAAACUAAAUGUGUUGUCCUCCUAAA